UCUUUGCCUGUGUCAGAGCCGGGUUUUUCUCCGGUGCACUCAAACCUCCCUCAUCCAGGCAGGACUCAUGAACCUAAAGGCAGGAAUCUGACAUCCGGACCCCCUUCCCCCCGCCAGGCCACCCUCUGCCCGAGCCUUGGACGGCCAGCCAGGCCCCCUCCAUUCUCAGCUCCUUACCUGGAGUGAUGGAAAACUCCUCUGUGGCAUCUGCCUCCUCUGAGGCAGGGAGUAGCCGAUCUCAGGAAAUCGAAGAGUUGGAGAGGUUCAUUGACAGCUACGUCCUUGAGUACCAAGUCCAAGGUUUGCUGACCGACAAAACGGAAGGGGACGGGGAGAGUGAGAAAACGCAGUCCAACAUCUCACAGUGGACAGCGGAUUGUAGUGAGCAGCUGGAUGACAGCUGUUCCUCGUCGAGAGGGAAGGGCUUACCGCCUCACGAACACAAUCAGGAAGAGUGGGAUCACAGCAGCAGUGGGAGUUCAGGAUCCCGGCCUAGUUCAGGCUCCAGGCCUGGGUCUGAAUCAAGGUCUGACAGCCAAGGGAGAAGCAGCCAGUUCAGUCAUUCAACCAAGAAUGGCAACAAAGACAACUCCCUGGACAUGUUGGGGACAGAUAUCUGGGCAGCCAAUACCUUUGAUUCCUUCAGUGGUGCAACCUGGGAUUUACAGCCUGAAAAGCUGGACUUCACACAGUUUCACAGGAAGCUCCGGAACACCCCCAAACACCCGCUCCCACACAUAGACAGAGAAGGGCUUGGAAAAGCGAAGCACGAGGAUGGAGAUGGAAUCAACCUGAAUGACAUAGAGAAAGUCCUUCCUGUCUGGCAGGGUUAUCAUCCAUUGCCACAUGAAGCUGAAAUUGCACACACCAAAAAACUAUUCAGAAGGAGGAGAAACGACCGGAGGAGACAACAGAGGCCUCCUGGAGGAAACAAAUCACAGCAGCAGCACACGGAUCAUCAGCAAGGUACUGCCAAACACAACAGGGAACACCAGAAACUCUACCAGGGAGGCCAACCCCCUCACUCCUCAGGGAGGCCAGGCCACCAUGGCUACAGCCAAAACCGGCGAUGGCACCACAACCAGAAGCACUCGCCCAACGACAAAGAAACGCACAGAAAUGCCAAAGAGACUGAGAAUUUGAAAAUCGAGGACGCCGCCGUCUGCACAGUGCACAUCCCCCUGGAGAUGCACCGGAGCACGGAGGUUGUGGAGAGACAGUCUCAGCAGUACAUUCAGGAACCAGAAACCAAGCGGAGAGACAGCGUUCAUGAGCGCAUCGGGGAAAGGCCAAAGGUCAAUUUGCUCCAGUCUUCCAAAGACAGACUGCGAAGGAGACUAAAAGAAAAGAUGCCUUGUCUUUCCCUUUUCACGGACCAGGACGAAGUGCCGGUGGAGGCAACCAACCCCCAAAAGAACAAAAUGGACAAAUUAAUUGAAAUCCUCAACAGCAUGAGGAACAACAGCAGUGAUGUGGACUCCAAGCUCACCACCUUCAUGGAGGAGGCCCAGAACUCCACCAACUCCGAGGAGAUGCUGGGCGAGAUUGUCAAGACCAUUUACCAGAAAGCGGUGACGGACCGCAGCUUCGCCUCCACAGCCGCCAAGCUCUGUGACAAAAUGGCGCUCUUCAUGGUGGAGGGGACCAAGUUCCGAAGCCUGCUUCUCAACAUGCUGCAGAAAGAUUUCACAAUGCGGGAGGAGCUGCAGCAGCGCGACGUGGAGCGCUGGCUGGGGUUCAUCACCUUCCUCUGCGAAGUCUUUGGCACCAUGAGGAGCAACACUGGGGAGCCCUUCCGAGUCCUUGUCUGUCCCAUUUAUACCUGCCUCAGGGAGUUGUUGCAAUCUCAGGAUGUGAAAGAAGACGCUGUCCUUUGCUGUUCCAUGGAGUUGCAGGUGCCAAAUGCAGGUGAGGACUUCGUCUCCAGAAAGGAUGGCUACACUUUUGGAAAUCAGCCCUAUUAUCUGCAAAGCACAGGCCGGCUGCUGGAGGACCAGCUGCCUGAGAUGAUGACAGAGCUGCUGGCAAUAGCACGUGACAAGAUGCUGUGCCCCUCGGAGUCCAUGCUGACACGGUCCCUCCUCCUCGAGGUCAUUGAGCUGCACGCCAACAACUGGAACCCCCUGACGCCCACCAUCACACAGUACUACAACAAGACAAUCCAGAAACUGACAGCCUGAGAACGCGGGGCGGUGGGGAUGGAAGGGAGCAGGAAGAAGACAUGCACCUUAAAAGGAAACAGGAAGGAACUGUGCUACAAAUUGAUCAGCUACUGGAGAGAGAAGCAAGAACCUUUAUGAGAAAAUACCUAAGAAGACAAACCCCAGCAUGCUUAAGAAUAUGUUCAUGAGGUUGGGGGGCAGGGGAGCAUGUUUCUUUUCAGCUGCGUUGCGGAGCACCACCCCUCUUUCCUGCUGAGUUUUUGUUUCAGGUUUCUUUUAUUAAAUCAUUGCUCAUGCA